AUUUCCAAAGACCCAAAACUAAGAACAAAGUAAUCUAAACACACUUUAAAUCAAGGGAUUAUAAAAAAAUGAGUGCAAGAAAAGUAAAUUUGAGGUUCUUCCUAAGUCUGAAAUCUUGGGCCAUGGUUAUGGCCCUUAUAAAUUUAGCUUUGGGCAUUGGUAUUAUAAUUGGAGGAGGUAUUUGGAUAUCACAAAACCAUGUUCUGGAUACAUUCAAGACAUAUUUUGCUGUUGGAGUAGGACUGGGUAUAUUAAAUAUGGCUUCCGGUUGUUUAUUAUUAACAGCUGUAAUACAAGGAAAUGAUAACUGGGUUCUACUUUAUAUCCUAUUGGAAUUUGUAAUAGCUUUUACUCUAACCAUUUUCUCGGCUAUGAACGUUUAUAACGAGUUCUCCAUAGUCCUCUUCAGCCUCCUGUGUUUAUGUCCUAUAUUAUGGAUAGGAUUAUGCAACAUAUACGCAUUCUAUGUGGAACUUUACCAAUAUAAUAACAGUUCAGUACAAGCUGGAAUAGAUGAGAUAGCGUGUAACAUGCAAACGAAUCCUUUGGAAUCUUUCCCUGAAAAAGCACUAGACACUACAACUGUUUAAGAAGCUCAUAUAGUGAUUUCUGUGAAGUCUUUUGUCUUUUAUUAUUAUUAGUGUUUAUAUAGGUAUACGGUGUUAACCAUAAAGCACACAACAUAAUAAAUACAGGGUGUCCCAAUAUUCCGUGAACAUAGAAGUACUACGUAUUUUUGGAA